ACCGUUGCAUGAUGUCACACGGUAUAGACUACACCUCCCUGCUCUUCUCCAAUAAAAAGACGACGAGAAGGGUAAUUUGCAUAAUAGCUGAUGUGUGCGUUUUGACAAUCCAACAAAGGUUGAAUGUAGAAUGAUGCCCAACAUUUCUUUUACAUAGACCUGCAAAGACAUAUUGUAGACUACACAUUUUACAGGCUACUGUGGCCUACUUUAUUUAAUUUGUGAAUAUGUUUCUCUUUCUCUCACACACUACCUCACCACUUGAUGUAUUAAAAUAGUUUAUUGUGAAAGACCACAAGGGAACUGAUGCUGGAAUGCAAAGCAUCUGAGGAGUAAAUAUUUAGUCUGUAGACUAUAUGUCCAGGGAUAUAUUAUAGUCAAUAGGGCUAGUAAUUAAAAAUGUAGACGCACUAAAUUACCAUCUGACUUUCCAUAUAAAUAACAUAAAACUAUCACAGUUUUAAAGUCACAAUUGUAUUUGGACAAUGGUCUUUAUAUUUAAGUGGAAGUCCAUCAUGCAAAAACACAAUUCAAUAAUUCUAAUAGAGCUGUUGUGCGUUUGCAACCACCACCCAUAAUAAACAAAUAGCCUAUACUCUCUAGUCCAUGACUAGCCCACUGAAAAUAAAUAUUUAUAUUCCACUUGUAUGUGUUAUUAUUUGAUUUCUGGUUAAAUAAUAUGGACAAGCAUAAAGGGUGGACCAUAGAGUUAGAAAUAGGUAAAUUAUAAAUAACUAUUUCUAUGGGGUUUCUCCUGAGAGUUCUGGUAGCCAAAUUGUAUAUUUAUAGAUCUAUGCUGACCCCUUGUGGUGAUAUGAGGAAAACGUCACUAUUGACCCUCAGAGUAUACUGAGCAGUGAAUGAAAGCUAGUGUUGUGUCAUUGUCUGAUAUCUACCCUGUCAUUUUUUCCUUAAUUAUUUUUUUUAUAUUGGCUUUUUAUAAUGUCAGAAUGUACAGUAAGUAAGUAUGAUGAUGGUGGCUUGUGGUUCUCAAUACCCCCCUCCACUCAGUCUGGCCCCUUGGUUAUAGGGUCUGGCAUAGCUUUCUCUACCUCUUAAGUUGUUUUUGUCCAUGGCAGAACAGAUUCUGACGAGAAUACCUCAUCAGAAACCAAGUGUCCUCCUGAUUGAUGUGAGUGUUGCAGUUAUUCUAAACACCAUCAGGAUUUCUCUCCCUCUCUCUCACAACAUCUAUCCCACAUGGUCAGAGGCUGCAGCUGGGCACUGGUUAUUUGGUAAACAUACUGGCUUCUAAUGAAAUUAGUUGUUUCUUUAGACCAGUGUCAGUAAAGGAACAUGGAGAAAAUGGAAAGCAGCAUAAACAUAAAAGCAAUGACCAGACUGCACAAGGCGGAAAUUAUGAUUGCUGUAGAACAACUGAGAUUGAGGCUGCAUGAUGGCAAACUGAUCAAGGACCGACUGUACCAUCUGCACACUUACCCCAACUACUUUGUGGCCCAUGAGCUUACAGACUGACUGAUCAGCCACAAGGAAGCUCUCGAUCGGGCAACGGUGGUCUGCCUCAUGCAACACCUUAGACAUGACAUUGUGCACCAUGUUUGUGACAAGUACCCUAUGUUCAAGGAUGCAACAUUUCUGUACUGUUUCCGUAAGGAUGAUGACAUAUUUCCAUUUAACACUGUCAAGGUCUUCAUCCAAGGACAACGAUUGUAUAAGCAUGUAAUAACGUCAGACUCCAUUCUGCAUCUAAGGGAGGCGCAGGGUGUUGCAUACCAGCGCUCCUUCCCUGGUGACUGGUUACUACAGAAUGGAAAGACAGAGAGCAGGCGCCAGGGUUUGGAGCUCUGCCAUGCCUUGCUGGAGCAUGGCAUCAUUCAUCCCGUUUGGUAA